GUCGCUGCUGAUCGCACAACAAGACAUCCUAUUUAACUGCUGCACCGACAACGGACCCCAUCCCUCUCCCGCACACAUCCACUCCUUCCGAUCCGCGCCACUGAAUGAAUGUCCGCCAUCCGAACUGAUCUUGCGCGUGGGGACCGAUAUCGCUCCGACGGACUGACCAGCACGGGUUUGGAAGGGAAUCUCCCAGAGUCAUGGCCCUCAGUUGAAGAUCUCACCAUGGCGACUACUUCUCGAACGGGGGCGGCCCCUGCUUCGAGCACCAUGCAGACAAACGAUAAUGUUUCCCUCGGCCAAAGGAUGGUCUCUGCCACCAUCGGCAGUUUCCUCACCAAUAUCUUAGUUACUCCCCUCGACGUCGUCCGAGUCCGUCUGCAGUCCCAGUCCUCCAUCAAGAACUUGUCGCCUUUUACCUCCCACACCACCCAUAAUUUGAAGAACGCUCCUCCAAACCUCGGAGUAACGGCUUGCUGUCGAGAGGUUUUCUGGAUCGGCCAGAACACCCACAUAUGCAUGGUUGGACCCGGCGUGGGGACCAUCGGAACUACAUCGUCGAUGGCUGAUUGCGCGGUGGAGGAAACCCAACGAAAGACGUUCACGUCGACACUGGAUGGGCUGCGGAAGAUUGCGCGCAAUGAGGGCGUCUGGACGCUUUGGCGUGGACUUAGUCCUACGCUGAUGAUGGGUAUUCCGGCGAACAUUAUCUAUUUUGCUGGAUACGACUGGUUGCGCUCCGAUGAUAGGAGCCCCAUCAAGAAGUCUCUCCCCGAUAUUUACGCCCCGUUAGUCGCAGGCGCUGUUGCCAGAGCCGCGGCAGCCUCGGUGAUCAGUCCCGUGGAGAUGUUCCGGACCCGUUUGCAGGCAACGCCUGGCACUGGUGCGGGCCAUUUCAAGGCCACCCUGGAAGAUCUGCAUCAUAUGGCCCGGACCCAUGGCUACAGUUCGCUAUGGCGGGGAUUGACUCUUACCAUGUGGCGCGAUGUACCUUUCUCAGCUCUUUAUUGGUGGGGUUACGAGGAAGUCAAGAGUCAUUUCAUCGAAGGGCGCAAGAGAGCCCACGCACAUACUUUGCUGCACGGGCUACCGUCUGCUAGCCAGCAGCACCAACACGACCUGGACGCCCCGACAUUUUUUGAAAGCUUUAUUGCAGGUGCCAGCUCGGGCUGCCUGGCGGCCCUUGUCACCACCCCGUUCGACGUGGGCAAGACCCGCCAGCAGGUCUUCCGGCAUAUGGGUAACGAAGUGUCAGUCCCCGCAGGGGCAACUCUUCACCCCGAACAGCUUGCCUUGCCGAAGUUCCUGAUGCACAUCUUCCGCGAGGAAGGCAUGGCCGGACUUUUCCGCGGCUGGGUUGCGCGGUGCCUGAAGGUAGCACCGGCUUGUGCCAUCAUGAUUUCCACCUACGAGUUUGGAAAGAAGAUGGCACGGGACGUCAACGAGCGAAGCCAUGAGUCGACAGACUCCGAUACGAUCUAAACCCCGACCAGCAUAUCACCCUCUUGGAUACUCCGGAUGGAUUGACAUAUACCGGCGUACUUGUUUACCACCAGACCCGAAAUACCCGGAUUUGAUCUAAGCGAUUCUUACCAUGCAUUCGCAGCUUCCGCUGUUCAUCUUAUUGUUUAAUUGCGAUAAACUAGGCGCGCACCCGUUCGUCUAUUGUGUGAUCGAUGUAUGACGACCGCAUUGAGUCCCCCUAUAGAGCUUUCUUUCUUCUUCCUCUAUCUUUAUCCCUUUCCUCUCCUGUUUCCGGAUUUCCUUUGUCAUAGCGUUAUGGUCCUGUGCUGUCUCACAAGACUAAAAAGGAGGCUUCGUUAUUUGGUGCAAAGGCUUUCAAAACAUGUAUAUUAUUACUUUCUCGAGUCGAGCGAGCCAAAUCUUCACUCCAGCCUGUUUAUAGUUUAUACAUAGUUUG